AUGGGCCUCGAGGUUGCAGAAAUCUCUGAAUUGGCGGCGCUCCGGCCGAUCCAGACCACGGCCGUCAGCGCCGAGCUGGCCGCGGCAGCGGGAGCGGACGAUCACGAUGCUUCCACCGCUGCCGAGACAGGCUGCGUCACGUCGACGGUGAUCCGCACACGAGCAAUGGCAGGAGGAGCCGAGGACGAUGUUGCCGCCGACGGCAUUGGGUGCGCUACGCCGACGGCGAGCGAACCCAUGGCACCGCCUCAGCGAGACGGCGUCCUCGACGACACCACGCACGUUACGCCGACAACGUGCCGAACCACCGCGGAAUUCGACGCCGGCCCUGCUGCCGGCAACGCUGCCGCGGCGAGCUUCACCACGCCGACGUCGGACGAGAGCGCGCUGAGGCCGGCCACGGUGUGCCCGCCGGCGCCCCGGAGGCUGGCUCCGGCGUUGAAGAGGAAGCUGGCGCCGCUGCAGCAGCGGCUCUUCUACCCCGUGCCGCUCGACCUGGCCACCGUGUUCAAGCCAGCGCCGACGGCGCCGCCCGCUGCCAAGAAGAUGCGGGCGCAUGCUGUGGAAUCGUCUCUGCCACUGGGCACGUAA